AUGUCAUGUGCGCUGAUUUCAAAUGUGUUAUUCGGUUCCGCGUUUCUGCCGUGUGUCGUGCUGUGCUGUAAACUGUCGACGCGAUCUUGUUAUAUAAAUUACAAUUUAAAGCAAUUUCAAUUUUGUUUGAUCGAGGUCUUGUUUACGUUUCUUUUAUAUCAUAUAAUUUUCUUGAUUUGCAGUGUGGAGCCACUUCCUAAUUCAGAAUUGACGGACUUAAAUAAUGAGCAAGUUAUCGCGCAAUUGCUGCAACUUGUGGAAGAACGUAUCCAAAGAAGAGAUUUAAUGCGGGAAGAUGUUCAUCAGAAACAAAAUAAUUUCAGAAACAUAUUGGUUGAGUUGGAACGUGAAAAGAUGUCUCUAAAGAGAGACAAUGUAUCGAUGAAAGAGAGUAAUGAGGAACUGAGGAAUGUGAUUUUUACAUUGGAGGGCCGGGUCUAUAAAUUACAAAGCCAAAUCGAUAGUUUGAUAUACAAAUUAAACAAUGCGCACGAGGUUAUACAGAAUAUGCAACAAGAAGUAAAUGUUUCUCUAAUGACAAUUUUUGUUCAGUUGAGAUACAGGGACAGGCAGCUAAAGCAACACACAACGGACAAGCAAAAAAUAAUAGAGAAAUGCAACGCCACGAUACAAGCGGAAACUGACAGAAUAGUCGUAGAGUUGGAGGCAAAGUUACGGGAACAACGCGAACAAUUUGAGAGAUGCAUCAAGAAAAAGGAUGAUAAACUAAACUUGAUGAAGCAGAUAUUGGUAAACAAAUCUGAAGAUAUUACUUGUGCUGUUUCAAUGACAUCACCAACAGCUGCAAAUACGAGAAUGGAUAUUGUGGAAGAACCUGUGACGUCCACGGAAGGACUAUGCAUGAAUGUGAGGCGAAAAUCGACGAUUCCAGAAGAGCCAAUCGCGACAACAUCCAAGGAGAAAUCUUCCUCAGAAUUAACUGACGUUAAUUCUGAGAUUUUGUCAACAUCUGCAACCGCCGACACUGUAAUUCCUGUGUCUAAACCCAAAUUGAAAACGAAUAGUAAGAUACCGGUAGUGAAUCCACGAUAUCGGCGAUCGCAAAAUGCAGAUAGGUGGAUAAAUCAUUAUCCAGCCGGAAUCGUUCCGACUGGCACGAUCCUGCAGCCAGAAAUCGCACCUUGCAGGCAGACUUGCCUCACGAAGCUGACAAAUCCGAAAACUUUCGCAACCAAAUCCAUCAAAUAUUGCCUCUACUCGCAGGAACAAGACACGGACGGUGAACUCGAGACCAAAUUAUACAAGGCCGAUGUAUUGCCAACGUCGGGUGGCGGAGCGCAAAUUGUAUUUAAUGAUGUAGAAUGUUUGAAGCAACUAUCUCCAACUAGAGCGAAACGACGUAAUGGGCAGAUAAAUCCAGAAAAUAGUCCAACGCGUACAUAAGAAGGCAUCUUAUGUACAUAUAUGUAAGUUCCAGUGAAGCAUAAUUCUUAAGACGGUUACAAAAUUUACACUAUUCAUCGUUUAUUUCUCCUUUAUUUAACAGAUAUAUAUUUAGGAUUGUAUCAUUUUUAGUGUCUUGUAUCGAUACCUUGGAAUUUGACCAGUUAAUGUCACUUUGUAAUCCAGCAAUAGAAGACUAAUAUGUCACGCGAGAAGCAAUAGCUUAGUUUUUUGUAUUUUGUUUUUAGUUAUAGCGUAUAUAACAUAAUAUAAUUGUGCUUUAAUUAAUGCUUAAAUUCCAAAGUACCCAUACUUUGUAACGUAUAAGCUGGAAGACGGACUCUGUACACAUGUUCAAACGUUAAAUCGAACUGAAAGAGACUGCCACGUUAUCUUAAACACAUAAUAAAGCUGGAUAAACACUUUGCAUACCAAUGAAUCUCAGUUUAUUUGAAUGUGAACAAAAACUUGUCAUUGCCACACGAAGAUGCAUACUAACGGAUGCGGUGGAUUGUGAUUAUUUACUAGAACGCUGUUGCAUGUAAAGAAUCGCGCUUUUCGAGACAGGCUUUAAUCGUUAUUUUCAUUCAUUACUUUACAAGAUCAAUAGUCGCACAGAAACCAACUGUAGUUUUGAAACAUAAAAUAUCCUGCGACAAAUAUCAGAGCGAUGCAUAUCUCUUCUUCCUUUCCCUCCUCCUUUCGUCUAUCACACCCGCUAGUCUCAGCAA